AUGAAGGUCGCGUCGAGAGUGAUACUUUUCGGUCCUGAGUUUAUAAAUACUUCAAAAAGCACACGAUAGAUUAAAAGAAGCGAGUCAAAUCAUGAAUUGAGUCGAUAGUUAUGACGCAGUUAGAAAAAAAAAACCCAGAAACGCCGAUUUCUAUUCAAGAAAUAUAUAGAAAUAACAAAAAUUUUCAGCCGGCCUUUCAUUCUUCUUUUUUAUCGAGGAAACAGUAUCUAAUGGAGAAGUUCAAAUAUCAUUCGAUAAUGUUCCAAAAGUGAGUCUGCGUUAAAUGUUUAGGAAAAAAUGUUCCGGGACACAAAAUCUCAAAUCUGCUUUUUUUUAAAGUCGCAAAAGUCUUCGCAGACUUGAGAAAACGUUAAAAAUCUCAAAUCGUAUAUGAAUGCGCCUUCCAAACUGAGAUAGCCGGGAUAUAAGAGUGCACGGAAAAAUAAUUGUUUUUAAACUGGAAUGGAUAAACUUUGCAGCACAUAGGAAUUUCAGGAGAACGAUUCCAAAUAUCUAAAUGAAGUAUAUUCAACUAAAGGACUUGAUAAAAUAGAUGUUACGGUGACCAUAUUUCAAGUCGAGAAAGGUAUUCUGAAGCUGAAAAAAUCUGAAAAAUUGAUUGAUAAUGGAUUGCAGAAACGACUUCUAACUACACGAUAAUCUUGGUGAAGCUCGACAGAAAUUACAAGACUCUAAAUAGGAUGGAAAUCGAGAAAAGUCAGUUCGUCUACUCGAACAAGCGUUCCGUGUUCAAGGUUAGGCCAAGGAGGUUUUUUUCUGCUUUUGAACUUCAAUUUCAAGACAUGAUCGAAAAAAGAACUAAAUAUAAACAUAAUUCAUUCAUUUUUUUUUUCUUAAAAUUAACCAUUUCUGACAGUGGAAUGAAGAGAAUCAGGUUCCGUUACCCUAAAAUAUUUCCGUCGAUUUUUUGUAAUCCCCUUCUACAAGUUUUUUGCCAUGUAGUAAUUUCCGCGAAAUUCGAAAUUUUCCCAGACUCUCAAAAAUUCAGUUAUGAGGACUAAGCCAUUGGUCAUCUAAAAUCCGUUUUUUGAAUGAAAAACGAUCGAUGGAUUAAUUACAGAAGAGUUACGAACAGGCCAACCUGAAGGACUGCUGGAUGUCGCGGUCGGUGUGGAACUGGUGUCUGAUCGGGGCCGACGUCGUCUUCAUCCGCUACGAGAACGUGCCGCGCAACGUCUGGCGCAUCGACGGCGUUUCCGUCAAAGUCGCUGUCGAGUUCAACGGCGACAACUACGUUGCCGAGUGAGUCGAUCAGCUGAUCUCUGGAAAACAUUUUUGUGCAGUUCAUACGCCACAAUCUGAAAUGGUCUGACCUCUCUGCGCUUUGUUUUCUUUGAUAUCGCCGAUGAAAAGGGACGCAGACAGGCCAGACUGUAUCAAGAUCUGAGGGAUGAACUAUAGUGCCUUCUCCUACCAUUUCAAAUCUUGAGAGUUCGUUCAGUAGCAUUACGUAGGGACCGCAAAGCCACGCCCCUUUUCGCGAUAGAAAAAGUGGCUUUUUUUUGGUUUUCAACUUUCAUUUUGCUGUAGUUGCAAAAUAUGUGGAACUUGAUAAUAAAUUUUGGCACACAUGUACAAAAAAGCUUCCUCUUUCGUUUAAAAAAUAUUUCACGCUUUUUUGAUGCGUUCGCGCGGAAUGUCGUACAAAAACGUGAAUGGAACUAAAAAAUUUUGUCGUUUUUUGCUUUUUCAUGUGUUUUCAGGUCGAACGCACUCUUUCUUUUUUUAAAUAAUGAUUUUGAUUCAAGUAACGGUAAUUUUAAAACAAUAAAAUAAAAAAUUCGUCUUUGCCAAAAAUUUUAGGGAGUGCCGAAAGUCCUAAUUCAAAAUAUCGUUAAUAAGCGAAUAUAAUCGAGUUUUUGUUUUUUCAAAAUUUAGACCAUGGGCUUACUUAAAUUUUUUUCCACAGCAUAUGUGCUUGAAAAAAAGUUGUUUGAUACGCAAAAAAAUGCUCUUGAAAAAUAGAGAAUAAAAUUAGCGGCGUUUAUUACACAGAAAACGGUCGAACGCAGGUUUUUUUAAACGAUUAUAUACAUUUAUUAGUAAAAAAAUCUUUCAAUUAAAAAGAAUAAAAUAAAAAAAUUCGUCUUUGCCAAAAAAAUUUACGGGGCCGUUUUUAAUGCAGCGAUCGUUAAUAAAGGCAAAAAAAGCACUGAAAAAAACAGUUUUUUUCGAAGUGAAUUUCCACGAAAAAGUUUGAGAAAAAAAUUUGCAAACAUAUUCUGAUAAAAAAAUAGCUAAAUUACUUCAAAAUUUUUCUUUUUUGAAAUAGGCAAUCUGUGCUAUUCAAACGGCUCAAGGAUAUGGCGGAUGGAAACUCCCCUCGUAAUACUUAACAGCUUGGCGCAGCGCGUGCGCUGCGAUUUUUUUCAUUUUGAGGUCGCGAGUUCGAUGCCCGCAAGCGUCAGUUUUUUGUUUUCUGGAAAAUACUGACUUUUUCGGCAAACUAGCUGAUUAGCAUCAUUUUAGCACUCUAUUAUAAUUUGUUACAUCAUAAUAGACCAGUAUCAAAACUUGUUCUAGAAGAAAAAUUGAGAAAAAUUUCAAAACUAUAUAAUACCAAAAUUUCAGUACUAAAAAAAUGGUGCGCGGCGCGCCACAUUUUCCGUCAUAACUUUUUUCAUCUUCAAUCUUUUUUGAAAAACUAAACGGUUCUGAGUUUUGAAUCGAAACAGCUAUCAAACCAUACAAAACUCAAUGCUGAAAAAAAUUUUUUGAAAAUUCGUCUGCGGUCCCUAGCAUUACGUCUCUGAGUAGUUGAUCACGCCAUUCUUCUGCGAAUUGUGAAGAGCCAUUUGAAGACGGUUUAGGCAGGAAAAGUUAAAUGUGAAAAAUACCUUGAAAUCGUUCAAAAAGAAGCAUUUUGGAAUAGGCCAACCUGAAAGACUGUUGGAUGUCGCGGUCGGUGUGGAAUUCAAGGAGCUUGGAGCUCAAAGAGUCUUGGUUUAAUAUGUUCAUUACUUUUCUUCGCUUCUUAUUCUCCCUCCUUAGGUGGUGGAAAUUUCAAGACACUAAGGAAAAAUGGUCCCUAUGGGGACAACCUUAGGGACCCCUGACGGCCCCUUUCGUCGGAUUACUUUGCUUGCAAAACUGGCCGCUAUAGCCUAUAGGAGUUAGGUUAGGAGUUCCUUUAAGGCACAUUCUAAUCGAUUAUUGUUAUGAACUCUGUUAGAAGAAGCAUUUCUAUGCGAAAAACUCAAUGAAUUACCGUUAUCUGAAUGAAAAAUAUUAACAGAGAUGAAUUGUUUUUGAUUUUCAAAUCUCAACAAAAAAUUGAAAAAUACUUGAGCUUUAGGGACUAAAAGAGCAGACCCUAAAACUCUAUAAAAGGUCCUUUUUGUCCUUAUAUCAUCUGUAACCCCUAGAGGGACCUUUCUCGCGUUCCUAAGUGACAUGUUAGCACGAGUGAGGUAGAAGAGGGCUCAAAAAGGUCAAGUUGUCUCGAACGAAAUAGUUUUCCAGAAAGAAUCAAGAGUACAUCUAUGAGCACACCGUCUACCUGCCCUACAGGUCGUUCAUCAACGAGCGGAGGACGUACCAACUUGGGCCUCGGCCGACUUUCUUCCACGCCCACGUCAGUAGCAAUCCGGAGCGACUACCAGUUUGCGACUUCAUUCCCUACGAGGACGACUCCACUGACGAAACUUGA